UUUUUAAUCAAAAACAAAACAAUUUCAGUAAAAUAGUUAAUCUUUUUUAUAUAUAUUUUACGUCACGUGGGUGGAGCGACACAGCCCGCUUGUAUUUGCUGCGCCCGGCCGCCAUUUUCGGCGUUGUGGUUGAAUUACAGCAUGCUGUUGUCGAACAGAUAAUAAGAAUUCCACAAACAAACAGCUUUGCGUUCCGGUGCUCGUCUCAAUCAUGGGGAGAAAGAAGAAGAAGCAGAUGAAGCCUUGGUGCUGGUACUGCAAUCGAGAUUUUGACGAUGAAAAGAUCCUCAUUCAACAUCAAAAGGCAAAGCAUUUUAAAUGUCACAUUUGCCACAAGAAGUUAUACACCGGCCCGGGUCUGGCCAUUCACUGCAUGCAGGUACACAAAGAGACCAUUGACAGUGUCCCAAAUGCAAUUCCUGGAAGAACGGACAUUGAGCUAGAGAUCUACGGGAUGGAAGGGAUACCUGAUAAGGACAUGCAAGAGAGAAGACGGACAUUAGAACAGAAAUCUCAAGAUGGCAAAAAAAAAAACCCGGAUGACUCGGACGACGACGAUGAUGACGACGACGAACCCGGACCUUCGGUGCAGCAGGUGCCCGGAGUGCCACCUCAGACGGGUUAUGCUGCACCCAUGGCUCAGCCAGGCAUCCCCCCUGUGGCUGGUGGACCUGGGAUGCCUCCUGGUGGAUAUCAAGGAAUGCCACCAAUGAUGCCAGGUGUUCCUCCCAUGAUGCACGGGAUGCCCCCCAUGCACGGAAUGCCUCCAGGAAUGAUGCCAAUGGGUGGGAUGAUGCCUCCCAUGAUGCCAGGGAUGCCUGCCAUGCCGCCAGGAAUGCCUCCGCACAUGGCUCCGAGGCCAGGGAUGCCCCACAUGGCCCCCGCCCCCGCAGCAGGAGUCAUACCGAGUCGACCGGCGGUACCGGUGGCCCAGCCCGCUGUCACCAAGCCUCUUUUCCCCAGUGCAGCACAGGCCCAGCAAAGCGCUCCAGGAGCCGGCGCAGCAGCAAACCCCCACAGCGCCACCUCGGCCUCCUCCGAGCAGCCCAAAGCAACAUUCCCUGCAUAUACUCAACCCUCUGUCUCCUCCUCCGCUUCCACUUCCUCCUCUAACCCCUCUAGCAGCAGUGUGGCCAAAUCCCCGGCCACAGUGCCCGCUAAACCUGCCACCCUUUCUGCCACGAGUGCAACUAGUAAGUUGAUCCACCCUGAUGAGGAUAUCUCGCUGGAGGAGCUGAGGGCCCAGUUGCCCCGGUACCAGCGUCUCUUGGCCAGGACGGCUCAGGCCCACCCGGCUGCUCCCCCGGUGGCGGCUGUAGGCGGCAUGAUGGCCCCGCAGCAAGGUCUGCCACCACAGCAGCCUGGCAUGAGGCAUCCCAUGCAUGGUCAGUACGGCGCGCCCCCGCAGGGCAUGCCGAGCUACAUGCCCGGAGGGAUGCCUCCGUUCGGGCAGGGUCCUCCCCUGGUGCCCCCGUACCAGGGAGGCCCCCCCAUGGGCAUGAGGCCGCCGGUCAUGUCUCCCGCCGGGCGCUACUGAAGCGGCAAAGCAACGCCGCCAGCCACAUUAGGUUUGAGGUUAAUACCUUUCUCUCAUCCUUGUACAUUUUGAGGCCUAAGAGCGCUAAGGCCCGUGGUGGCGAAGACUUAAUUGUUUCUUGGCAACACAUGGACAUUUAAUGUAACUACGCAAGUUCCAGACUGCUUUUUUUUUUUCUUUUCUUUUCUUUGCUCACAUAUGUGAAGAUAAAAUUCUUUCCCCUCGUAGGUUUCACUCAGGUUCUUAGAGGUGAAGUGUGUUAAAGUCAUUCAUAUUUCUGUUGAGGCUGCUGGACUUACAUGAACGUACCAACCCCUUACAAAAGGCAAGUUUAUCCUGUAAACCAUUUAUUGAAUUUUUUUUUUUUUUUUUUUUUUUUUUUUUUUUUUUGGUAGAUCGCCGGAGGCCCUCACAGCACGCUUAGGUGCUGUUGGACUUGCGUCCCCAACUUUGGUUGGUGAGGGUCUCGGUGACGAUUCCGCCUCUUGUAGUGUUACUUAUCUUUGGCUCACGCGUCUAGCGAUUCUUCUUGUUUCAGGUUUGUUCAAAAAUAAUUUCUGCUUGAAAGGUUACCUGUGUGCAUCCUUUGUAAAUGUUUUAUCAAGCUGUUGUAAUAAAAUCCACCUUAAAACCGCAGUGCUGGUUUGUUGUGACGUACAUGAAGGUGAGUCAUGAAGGUUUGUACCAAGUUUUUGUAUUUUUUUUUUUUUUUUUUUUUAUACACGCGCGCGCAACACAAAGUUGGCCAUCAUUCCAUUUUUGCCGUCAUCCAUCAGAAUGACAUCCUAGUCCAAAUGACUGAAUAUUGCCAUUAAGCAAAAGCUGUUGGCCUUUUUUUUUUAUGUAUUUUUUUUUUUUUACUAAGAUGGUCAACUUGUGGUCCAUACUAGUGCAUGACCGAACUGGAAAUUCUCGCCGUAGAAGUGACUUAAAAGGAGUCGAGAAUGCACAAAUGCAAUCGCUUCAUGCUGAAUGCCGGUAAACACCCAGAAAUACAGGAACUGCAGCAAAUAGCAGCUAGAACACAAUUGGUUGCAAGGUACAACCACAUGAAUCCUGACAUGUCCAAUAGCAUAUUUAAAAAAAAUUGCUGUUUCCAUAAAAGAGCUGCACCUAGCCUUAUUUACUGCAGUGUGAGUGUUCACGGGUAGUUUUGCGCUCUUAAUUAAAAUGCUUCCUUUUAUUCAUUUGUCAUAUUCGCCGUCUGUUUUCUGUGCGGGAGUGAAGUCAGGUUGGUUAAGUCGGUCGAGAAUUGCUGUGGUGGAUUUUAAAUUGAAAGAAAAAAAAAAAAAAAAGCUCCCUCCGAUCACUUUAACCCCUUUGUAUGUGUUUGUCGUCUGUAGCACGUCCCGCUCCGCUUUUCAGCCUUGUACCCACUCAGCUGGCGCUACAGGCCUUUUAAACCCAUGCUGUAUGAUUUAGACUCGAGGAAGAUUGCACACACGUGAACUGUGUACUCCCUUUUUAACUGUACUUGCAUGGUAAGUAAAUGGAGAGGGUGGGGGAUGGGGGGUAAAGCUAUUUAGAAGUUUUAGACCCGUAUGAUCCGAUAAAACAUCAGAAGCCACUUGAGGUUUUUUCAUUUAAUUUUAUUUUUGGGUGAAUGUAAUGGUAUCUUGUCCAAGUUGUUUUAAGGUGACUGACAAGCAUUUGAUGUUAAGUUAUGACAAAAUAAAUACACACACGUGUAGUGCGACCAUUGUUUUUACAAUGUUCACAAAUAAAACUGAAAAUGAUUGCAUUUUUCUGCCUGGUGUGUUUCAUAGUUGUGGAUGUUCAAUCGGUUUGUCGCCGCCCAGUGGAAGAUGGGC